AUGGCCCUGAGUAUGAUGCGAGAACACAUUCAACUCAUUCGGCAGGCCAAAUUCGAUCCUAUGACCUACGAGGGACACGGCUAUGUUCGUCGAGGCCCCAUUUGGACAGACGGUUUCCGCCUCCAUCUGUCGACCUUCAAAUGUGGGCCAGAUCAAAUCAAGGUCCUGGGUCUCGAUCUCAGCCAAAUCCGUGUAGUUGGAAUUAGCGCAUUGCUACCAGAGAUCGAUGAUCCUGCCAGUACGACAACGGGACCUGGAAGAAAGGACGAUGAUGACGACAUGAGCAGUUCUUUCGAGGAUACAACCCCUACUUUUGGUUCUCGUACCUAUUACAAUCUCGCAGUGAAGCAGAAGGCUGUGUACCAGCCUACGUUCAAGCACAGAAGAUAA